AUGGUGCCGUUUGCAGCCUGUCGUGCAAGCAACGUGCGGUCUCUGUCAGAGGUUACGAGCGACGUGCCUCCGGCAGCAGGCGGCCAGACCAAGGAGGAGGUGAUCGAGACGAACGAGCGCCUCCGGGCGGUGCGCGUGCGCCUCGAGGACUCGUACGACACGGCCAAGCGGUCGCUCAUCACGCUCAUGAGCAAGUACACCGAGAGCAAGAACGUCCGCAACGUCUUCCAGCGCUACAACCUGCUCAAGGCCAUGAUCAAGGAGGUGAUCCGGCUGGAGACACAGUACUGGACGCUGGUGGACAUCCCGAAGCAGGAGAAGCAGGAGACGGUGCCGGCGUUCGUGCUGCGCGCGUGCGCCAUCAUGGAGAAGACGCAGAAGUCCGGCGAGGGCGUCAAGACGUCGGCCAAGCUCGCUGAGGAGGAGGAGAAGCGCCGCGAGCGCAUCGACCGCCUCGAGAAUAUGACAACUUUGCAGAUUGAGUCAGAAAACACUCAGAUGACCAAUGAUUUAUACCGUCUGCUCAAGAAGUAUUCUGGUCUCAGGAAUCUUAUAAGGGAACUCAAGUCUGAGUAUAUGAAUUCAAAGGUGUAUCCUAUAUUUCCACGUUACACCAUUUUGAAGGAUAUGAUCAAGGACAUCAUGCAUGAUCCAGAUUACAUGGAAGUAUGCCAUGAAGUGGACGUUUAG